AUGACCACCGUCGCCCAGCUGGCCACGGUGCCGUCAGCCGACACGCCCCAGACGUGCAUCCACGUCCGUCACGACAAGGGCCACUACAUAUUCGGCCGCAUAGCCGAGGGCACCCAGCGCGCCUUCAACAGCCGCAAGCUGGGCUUCGCCGCCGUGACGCAGAUCUUCCUCUCGGGCCCGGUGGGCUGGGACCAGAUGGGCGGCAUGCCGGGCUUCCUGCUCACCAUAGCCGGGUCAGUAGGCGCCUCCAGGGAGACGCUGGCGGCCACGAAUGCCGAGAGGAAGGAGAAGGGGCUCAAGCUGCUCCCCGUCACCCCGCAUGGAGGGGUCCACAUCCACGCCGGCCACAACAUCGGCCACGUCCUCGCCAGCAGCCGCUCCUACAUCUUCCGACAGCCUAUCCGCGCCCACGUCUCCGAGCACCGCAGCGAUCCGAGAGCCGUCGACCCCUCCAACCUCGAGCCGGACUGGAAGGACGACAUGGUCCGCGUCUGGAAGGUGCCCACCACGCGAGAGCGGUCCAGCAGCCCACCGAAGCGCCGUCGCUCGAGCGACGAUGCCGAGCAGUGUGCAGAGCACCCGGCCGACGGUGGGGCACCGUCCGAUCCCGACGUGGCCAAGAUCAUCGUCGAGCGCGCCCUGUGGAACGGCGACCUCCAGAGCUACCCGUUCGAGGCCCGCAAAGUGGGCGCCCUCAAGCCCGAUGACUCGGCCUUUAUAAUCGAGAACGGCUCCAUCAGGCGAUACACGGUCGGCGGCGCGCAGGACGGGGAGGACCCCGAGGCCACGGCCUGGGUGCUCCCUCCCGACGGAUCCCCGAAACCGCCUCCGGGCGUCGAGACGCGCAGCCUGGGCCGCGUGUCCCUGCCUAAGACGUCGUACACGCAGACAGCCAUGAGCUACAUUGUCAAGACGCACGACCGCAGGGGAAAGUUUGACCGCGCGGCCGCCGAUGCGCUGGGAGUGCAGCGCAACGACUUCAAGAAGCUGAUCGACGGCGCCGAGGUGCAGGGAAAGGACGGCGUCACCGUCACGCCGGACAUGGUGCUCGGCCGGUCGGUCCCGGGACGGGGGCUCAUCGUCGCCGACAUCGCGGGCCCGGACUACCUCGAGUCGUUCAUGCAGAGGCCCGAGUGGUCAUCCGAGGAGCUCAUGUCGGACAUCGCCGUCAUGUACUGGCUCCUGGGCCCCGGGCUGGCGGGCAACGAGCGGAUCCGCAAAUUUAUGGCCGAGCACGCCGGCGUCAAGCACGUCGUGUGCGCACCCGAGACGACGCCCAACAUGGUGUCCAACCCGGGACCGGCGGAGCUGCAGAUGAAGCUGCGGCGCGUGGACCCGGAUCGGUUCCCGAUACCCAAGUACGACAACGCCGUGAGCGCGCCAGCGCCGGGUCCCGACUCCAACAUCGAGUUCGGCCGCGCGGGAAAGAAGGUGCAACUCAUGCCACGCCUCCUGCACCAGGAUGACGCGGUGGCCCCCUUCCCGGACCUGGUGGCGCCGUACAACUCGGUAUCGGACGAGGCGCUCAGCCUGGCCAGAGAGGCCAAGGCGCGGGCCGCAGACCCGGCCUUCCUCGCCAGAGUCGAGCGGGAGGAGGCCGACAUGCCGAACCGCGACGCCGAGAUCGUGUGCCUGGGGACGGGCUCGUCGGUGCCGUCCAAGUACCGCAACGUGUCCGCGACGCUGAUUCGCGUGCCGGGUGUGGGCAACUACCUCCUAGACUGCGGCGAGGGCACGAUGGGCCAGAUCAGGCGGCUGUACGGCGACGAGGGCACGGCCGAAGUACUGCGCAACCUACGGUGCGUGGCCAUCAGCCACCUGCACGCGGACCACCACCUGGGGGCCGUGUCGGUCUUCAGAUCGUGGUACGAGCAGUCGGUGCGCGACGGCGGCGGAAGCGGCGGGGCGUCCCGGCUGGCGGUGGCGUGCAUCCCGCGCUACCGUUCCACGCUGGAGGAGCUCUCACAGGUCGAGGACUUUGGCUUCCACCGCUUGCAUUUCCCGGACUCCGAGCGGCUGCCUGGGUCGUCGGUGGACGAGGCCGUGCUCGGCCCGGCCGACCAGCUGUCCUUUGGCCUGCGCCGAGCGCGCCUCAUCCCCGUCCGCCACUGCGCUCAGUCCAAGGCCGUCGAGCUGGAGCUCGUCUCGGGCCUGCGCAUCGCCUAUUCGGGCGACUGCAGGCCCUCGGCCGACUUCGCCGCCGCCUGCCGCGGUGCCCACCUCCUCGUCCACGAGUGCACCUUUGACGACGACAUGGCCGACCACGCCCGCUUCAAGCAGCACAGCACCAUGUCCGAAGCGCUCGGCGUCGCGAGGGACAUGGGCGCCCGCCGCACCCUGCUCACCCACUUUUCGCAGCGGUACGUCAAGGCAGACUCGCUCAGCAUGGCCAUCGGCGGGGAGAGCGAGGGCUCCGUGCUUCUGGGAUUCGACUACAUGACUGUCAGACUGGGCGAUUUCCAAAAGGCCGCCUGCUAUCUCCCCGCGUUGGAGAAGGUCAUGGAGAAGAUGACGGCUCCAGAAUAG